UGGAUGUAUAAGACUCACUCAUAUUUGACCCAUUAUCUUCAACUGAACUACACUUUUAGCCCUUCAACUUGAUCAUGAAUAUUAUACGUGUACACACUUUGAAUUGGAACCCAAGCUAAGAUUGAAGAAACACAAUCACUUCUCAACACAAAUCAUAUAUCAUAUACGAUUAACUCAUCAACUUACCACGACCACAAAAUGACCCGCCGCCACGGCCUCGAUAUUGCUAAUCCUCAACCAUAUAUACAUACUACUAGCUAGGACUAUUUACCUCUCAUUCGCAAUUUGAAAUUCAAACCAAGUGUGACCACAAUAACCUACUCUCGAAAACAAGAAAGACCCUCUACAAUAUGUCUUUUUUAGUAGUAGGUCCUCCACAACCAACAAAAAUCCUAAAUCGACACAACAGGUAGUACAUAAUAUGGUGUCCUUUCUUACCACUCCACUAUAUAACUCAAAACAUGUCCACCAUUCCACACACAGUCAUCGUGUCCCUAGCUAUGUGAAAGAGAAACAACAACAAAUAAACCAGCCACAACAACAAAAAUAAAAAAUAAAAGUAAAGAAAAAGAAAAGAAAAACAACCUUUUCAAUAUUCCCACAUUAAACCCACAUAAAACCCCCAUAAAACAUAACACAUAUCUUUAAUACCUUAUUACAUAUGGCCUCUAUUCAUCAUCAUCUUCUUCUUUCUAAACUCUUCUUCAUUUCUUGUUUAUUUGUUCAAUCAAGAUCCAUCCUUUCUUCAAAAAAUGCAAUCUUACCCCUCAAGAUUCAAUCAAUUCCAUCCGGGUCCUCGACAAAACCUCCAAAGAAACUCUCAUUCAACCACAAUGUAUCUCUAACCGUCACCUUCGCCAUCGGAUCACCACCGCAGCCGGUUACCAUGGUGUUAGAUACUGGCAGCGAGCUCACAUGGGUCCACAGUAAAAAAACACCAAAUACACCUUUAUCGUACGACCCAUUACAUUCUACAUCGUACACACCUGUUCCUUGUACGUCACCCAUUUGCAUGACCCGAACCCGAGACUUCACAAUGCCCGCUUCUUGCGACCCGAAAAAGCUUUGCCACGCUAUCGUCUCUUACGCCGACGCCACUUCAGUCGAAGGCAAUCUAGCGAUUGACACAUUUCGGGUCAUGGAUUCGGACCUACCCGGAAUAAUAUUCGGAUGCAUGGAUACGGAUACAAGUACUAACCAAUACGAAGAUUCAAAGAGCACCGGUUUAAUGGGCUUAAACCGGGGGUCCUUAUCUUUUGUAACUCAAAUGGGUUAUUCAAAAUUUUCGUAUUGUAUUUCGGGUCAAGACUCCACGGGCGUGUUAAUAUUCGGAGAAUAUAAUAUUACGUGGCUCCGAACAUUAACUUAUACGCCCAUGGUUAAAAUCACGGACCCGUUACCUUAUUUUGACCGGGUCGCAUACACGGUCCAGUUAGAAGGAAUUAAAGUUGCGGGUACAGUUUUAGCCUUACCAAAAUCAAUAUAUGAACCCGACCAUACGGGUGCGGGUCAAACCAUGAUUGACUCGGGUACUCAAUAUACUUUUCUACUAGGACCGGUUUACACCGCCUUAAAAAGCGAAUUUUUAAAGCAAACAAAAAAUGUGUUACGUGUUUACGAGGAUACAAACUUUGUGUUUCAAGGUGCCAUGGAUCUUUGUUACCGGGUUGAGAAAGGUCGGGUCGGGUUACCGGUAUUACCAAAUGUGAGUAUGAUGUUUCGGGGGGCCGAAAUGGUGGUGUCGGGUGAGAAGUUAUUGGUAAAAGUGGAAGGAAUAAUAACGAAAGGGAGUGAUGACUUAUAUUGCUUUACGUUUGGAAAUUCCGAUUUGUUGGGGAUUGAAGCAUAUGUAAUCGGACAUCACCAUCAACAAAAUAUGUGGAUGGAAUUUGAUCUUGCAAAUAAUCGGGUCGGGUUUGCUGAGGUUAGGUGUGAUACAACGAGUCAAAAGCUUGGAGUUGACUUGUAAAAUAUGACACGACAAAGAUUCACAAAAUUCGAUUUAUUUGUUUUUAUGGAUAUCAUAAACGGUAACAUGAUGACCCGACUUGUAUAUAUUACAAGUACAUUUUGUAUUUAGAUUGUAUUUAAUUGAAUUAAACUAUACAUUUAUUAUAACCACAUUUUGUAUUUAGAUACGAGUAUAUGGAUUUAAUUGAAUUAAACUAAUCAUUUAUUUUGUUUGUUACAACCUACAAAGGGGCGGAUCUUUCUUUAUUCAAUUCA